CGAGUCUUCCUAAGCUUAUGUCCUAGCUGCUCUUUCACUGAGUCCAGACUAGAAAUUACAGCGCGUUCUAGCUCCUAGACUACCUUGGCUGUCCCCUGAGGGCUCUGGAACACUACCCACAAUUCGGGUCCAAGACUACAUUGCUCCGCUCAUGCAAGAAAGAAUCCAGUCCUGCCACUCACAUGAUCCUACAGCUAAAGUUCCUAAGUCUGAUUCUGUCUAGUUCAAUUGGCCAUGUAAGCAUUUAAAAAUGGUCUGGGAGACUUCUGGAGCUGGGGAAUGCUCAAGUCACAGGCCUGACCUGGAAAGACAGGGAACAGGUAGGGUGAUGACCUGGCUGGGCUCCAAGCCCAGGAGCUGGAGAAAAGUUUAAGUGGUACAGGACCGAAGAGGCGUGGCUUUGGUAGGGCGUUGCAAAAGGGGCGUGGCUCUGGGCGGGGACUUGACAGGAAGGAGGAAGGCCAGGCCCGUGUGGCGACCUGGAGCAAGGGUUGGCUUUCAGCGGUGGCCACAAUGGCUGCUCACUGCCGGGGCACAGAGCUCGAUCUUAGCUGGAUCUCCAAAGUUCAAGUGAAUCACGCGGCUGUGCUGAGGCGGGCCCAGCAGAUCCAGGCUCGCAGAAGCGUGAAGAAGGAAUGGCAGGCUGCGUGGCUCCUGAAAGCUGUCACGUUUAUAGAUCUUACCACGCUUUCUGGCGAUGACACGUUUUCCAACGUUCAACGACUCUGUUAUAAAGCCAAAUAUCCAAUCCGGGCAGACCUCUUAAAAGCUUUAAAUAUGGAUGACAAAGGCAUCACCACAGCUGCAGUCUGCGUUUAUCCCGCCCGGGUGUGCGACGCUGUGAAGGCGCUGAAGGCUGCGGGCUGCAGCAUCCCCGUGGCCUCAGUGGCCACUGGCUUUCCAGCUGGACAGACUCAUUUAAAGACUCGAUUGGAAGAGAUCAGACUGGCCGUGGAGGAUGGAGCUACUGAAAUUGACGUGGUCAUUAACAGGACCUUGGUGCUGACGGGCCAGUGGGAAGGAUCAGAUUUUAUUAAGACCUCUACUGGAAAGGAAACAGUAAACGCCACCUUCCCAGUCGCCAUCGUGAUGCUGCGGGCCAUUAGAGAUUUCUUCUGGAAAACUGGAAACAAGGUGGGCUUCAAGCCUGCCGGAGGCAUCCGCACUGCAAAGGAGUCCCUGGCGUGGCUCUCCCUGGUCAAGGAGGAACUAGGAGAUGAGUGGCUGACGCCUGACCUCUUCCGGAUAGGGGCCAGUUCUCUGCUCUCAGACAUCGAGAGACAGAUUUACCAUCACGUGACUGGACGCUACGCGGCUUAUCAUGAUCUUCCGAUGUCUUAGGUCAGCAGCCAACCCAGAAAAGCAUCUUGCAACAAAUUGUUCAAAAAAAAAUGUUUUUGCAUAAUUGCUAAGGUUAUGUAAUUUUGGAACAGCUAACUGACUUUCCCCAUUAAAAUCUCCCCUGAAAUCAACUCAAAACAAUAAAGGGAAACAAACCAGCUGAAUCUAAAUGUGGAUUCAGAUCAGGAAAGGUUGAAAUGGUCUUCGUUACCAGGAGGUCUACAUUUAUUAAUUUUGUGAAGAUUCCCUCUGAAAAAAACUCAGAAUAAAAUGUUUCUAGUAGCCUGUACUGCAGAAAAUUCUGAACGUACAGUGAAGUUAAGUUGCCUGAGACCUGAGAUCCUAGGGCAGGCAGGGCUGUGGAGGGAAGGGUGCUUGCUACCAAACCUGGCACACCUGUUCAGCUCUGAGCAACCACAGGGUGGACGGGGAGAGCCGGCUCCAAAGGCUGGCCUCUGACAUUCACACAUUCGUGUCCCCUACCUCUGACACAUAAUAAAUACACUUAAAACUGUGAUAAAAAUGAGAAUGGGUGCUAUAGCAAGAGGAUACUCUGCCCCCCUGUGCUGCCUACCAAUGUGGAGCCCUGCCCCGGGUGUCCACCUGACUCUCUGUGCUAUACUAAACAUUUAGUAAUUGUUUUGCUAAUGAGAUUGUGAUGUUGUUGCAAGAAAAUGUGGAUAUCGCUGAAUUUUUAAAUACAAAAAAUCUCUGUGCUUAUUUA